ACUAUUGCUCUAUGGAUGCUACUUCUGUCUCCACUGCCGCUUGGCUGGGGAUCAUAUUGGACAUCAGGUGGAGACACUAAAUGAGGCCGCCGAGAAGAAGAAGGAGAAACUAGGAAAUGUUCUGAAAGAAAUGAUCCAAAGCAGAGAAAUCACUGAUGAAAGACUUUGGCGCUUAAAGGAACAGCAAAAUGGGUUGCACAAGAAAACAGCCGGAGAAUCAGAAAGAGUCACUGACUUGUUCCGAAGCAUCAGAAGAAUGCUGGAUGAUCUGGAAAAGAAAGUCUCGAGUCAUAUCUCCAGCCAGGAUGACCAUGUGUCACUCCUUUCUGAUCUAAUCCAUGAAAUGGAAAUAAAGAAGGAUGAAAUGUGCAGCAAAAUAGGCCACCUCGAGCAGCUGUGUCGCAUGACUGAUCCAUGGUCAAUCCUUCAAGAAUCACAGUCAGGCCAAGAGGACUUUUUUGUUGUCAGAGAGGAACCCGUAUUAGUGGAGAGUAAGGAGCUCCAUGCUGCAGAUGAUCUGGAUAUAGUUCAGAUCUCAGAGAUGUUGUGCAAAGGGUUCAUGGAUGUCAUGACUUGUGCUAGGAAGCGGAUCUUUGGCCAUGAAGAAGCGGACUUAUUACUGGACGUAAGAACGUCUGGAAUUAACGUGGAGAUCUCUGACGACUUGAAACUAGCUUCUUGGUCCCAAAUAAAACAACCGGGAGUGCGGAAGAAUCUGCAACGUUGUCAGGUCUUGAGCACCCAGACAUUUAACUCAGGACGACAUUGCUGGGAAGUGGAAACCAGUAAAUCGGGAACAUGGAGUUUAGGUAUCUGCUACCCCAGCAUGCCCAAAUGUGGGGAUAUAGCUAAUAUUGGCAACAACAACAAGUCCUGGUGUUUGUCAAAGGUUCAUAAUAAUAGCCAGUAUUCGGUGCUGCACAACGACCAUGAAGUUCUGAUCAAUCAAAAAUCUCCCUGUCACAGAUUCAGACUGUAUCUGGAUUACGAGGCCGGCCAGCUGUCCUUCUUUGAGCUAAGUGAUCCCAUCAAACUCCUGCAUGUCGUCCAGGCCAAAUUCAGGGAGCCCCUUCAUGCUGCUUUCUAUGUCUGCAAUGCUUGGGUUCGAAUCCAGAGCUAAGGUUUAUUAGUGUUGAUUGCUGUUUCUUUUCUUAGGCUCCUGUUCACCUGGUGGAGGGCAAAGAGUGUCCUCCGUUGAGCUGGUAUACAUUAGUGUACCUCUUUUUUUGUGUAGAAUGACACAGCACACUGCACUAUUCUAUUCUAUGGGGCUAUUCACAUGCCGUUUCUUUUAGUAGAUGUCCUAUUUGGCGACCAGAUGGACCCCAUUGAAACCAAUGGGCUCGGUUUAAUGGCUAUUAAUGGGUACACUGUGAGAAAAAAAAUACCUCCCCACCGGCACGCUCAGGAACACCCGCUCUGCAUGAUCAUGUGACAUCAGGUCCUGCUGCCUCCAAUACGGACCUAGUUUUCAUGCGUGUGCAAGUUGUGAGUUAUAUAUACACACGGGCGAAUAGAGAGUGCAUAAGGCAUUAUAUAUACUAAGGCACUGCAGGGGUUGGGGUUUAAAAAAAAAUACAGGUUGUGCUACCGUUCGUGCAUCUGGCGGUUUAAAGAUGCGACCACACCAUGAAAGGACGUGUCCUUUUUUUGGGCUGUGGAAUCUGUUCACUGGUUAGCUCCACUCAAUAGGACCAAAAUCCGAGACGGUCUGCAGCUGCUUCUGCCAUUGAAUAUACAAUGUAUUUUGCUAAUGCAGAAUCCAGUGUGUGAAUGGGGCCUUAAAGCGGGAAGCAUAGCCUGAUGACAGAUGCAUUUUAAUGGGGUUACAGAGAUCUAUUUACAAUUUUUUUUUUUAAAUGGUCAGUAAAAUUUACAGAAAUAAAAAACCAUUCCAGUAAAAAAAAUAUAAAAAUUUUUUUUUUGCUCAAACAUGACAAAAAAACUCACACUUAUUAGGUAGCUGUGUGAGUGUAAUAAACUGAAGAACCACUUUAACAGGCUAUUCAGAGGGAGAAGCAAACACUAAGAAAAAAAAGGACAAAUUGCUUUUGUUUUUAUCAGCAUUUUAACAUUUUUAGAUAUAAAUUUUAACCAUAAAUUACACAAUAUUGCAUAAGAUAUUUCCCACAGCACCUACAUAUGUCUCUCACAGCCAUGCCACUGAAAAAAAUGUACUGCUUCAGUAAGGCCUAAAUAGGCCUGGUCAUUGCGGGGUUAAUUGACGUAUUUUGUAUAACGAGUAAUGUUUCCAGAACCUCAGAUCUCUGCCAAGAGUCAGACGUGUAAAGAUAGGUUAUCCUAAAGGGGUGGCAUGUGGUUACAAGGAUGCUUUCUUUUUCUUUUUUUUUUUUCUAAAUCUAAUCCUAGAGACAGCGCCACUCUUGCCCACAGGUCAUGUCUGGUAUUGCAGUCUAACUUCAUUUACUUGAAUAUUGCAAUUCUAGACAGAUCCUGGGGGCAGGAGUGGGGCGGCAUCUGAUCAUUGUUUAACUAUAUUUGUAUAAUUCUGUGCAACAAAAUGUAGUAAAGAGCUACAGAUACAAAUCACAUUAUAUAUAUAUAUUCCCAGGUGACGGUUUCAUGUAUGCAUGUGGUAUAUCAAUAAAAAGUGUGUGG